GAUCACCGAAAAUUAGAAUAUGGUUUUACCAACCCAAUUAAAUUCUCAAAUUAAUUGGAAAGAGAAUAAUGUUGACAACAACAAAAAGGAAAUAAAUCGCAUGCAAUGAAAGGAAUGAAUCUUCUUCUUCUUCUUCUCUAUUAACGCUUCUUCUUCUUCUCCUUCUUCAUCACCCUCCUCCACUUCUCUCAGUCACAAUGGCGACCAAAAAAUCUCUGAAAUCACGUCUCCAAGAUGGAGAAAAGCUUCUCGGCCACUUUCUUCUCUCCUUUUCUCCGGAGCUUGCAGAGAUCGCUGCAAGAGCUGGAUUUGACUUCAUUGUCGUCUACCUUGAGCACGGUGCCGGCGGGAUUCGUGAAGCGCUUCACUGCAUUCGAGCAAUCGAAGCCGCUGGUUGCUCCACUGUCCUCCGUGUACCCGACAUUAGUCAGGCUUGAGCUAAGAAAGCGUUAGAUCUCGGACCCGACGGCAUUAUGUUCCCAAUGGUCGAAACCGGAAGAUCUGCAUCCGAGGCGGUCUCGUUUUGCCUGUAUCGUCCUGACGGUGUUCGCGGCUGUGCUUACUCCGUUGUGAGAGACUCCAGCUUCGGAUUUAACGAAGGGUAUUUGGGUAAUUACGCUGAUAAGCUCUUCAUUAUGUGCCAGAUUGAAUCAGAGGAAGGUAUGAAAAAUGUGAAGGAGAUCAUAGCCGUUGAUGGGAUGGAUUGUGUGAUGAUGGGGCCGAGAGAUCUGAGUGCGAGUUUGGGGUUACUUAACGAUCCAGGAAACCCGAAGGUGAAGUCGGUCAUGAGGGUGGCUGAGACGGCGGUGUUGGCCUCUGAUCCGGCGAAUGGUGGAGCUUACUUGGCAGGGAUGGCCACGGCUCAGGACAAAACCGGUGAUCUCAAGGCACGUGGGUAUCACGUGGUGCUCGGGUCAACCGAUGUGUCGCUGUACAAGAAGGCUGUGGUUGAUGAGGUCAACGCUUUUAAAGCGUAGUGUCGGAAUUAGAUUAGAGUCUGAAUAAAACGGGAAUUAGAGUGCUUUGUAAUAAGUGAUGAGUUUAUGUACCCCAUGAUUAUCUUCUACUUUGUUAGUUAUGUCUACUACUUUGUUAGUUUUGACUUUUGAGCAAGUCUUGUUAAGAUUCGCAUUAUCCAAAAGAAAAUUUAAAGCCGCAUUAACAGUGUUUAGCUCUGGUGUUACUAAAGAAAAAGUGAUUAUGCGGG